AUGUUGAGCUCGUUGCAGGUCCUGCAGAACCAGGGCCAACAGCCACAGAACCAGCAGGGUCAACAGGGACAGCAGCUCCAGCAAGGCGGACUACCACCACCACCGCCCCCGCAAAAUGGCCAGGACUAUACCCUUUCAAGCGUCCUCCAUUUCCUCCAGACAGAAUGGCGCCGUUAUGAGCGCGAUAGAAACGAAUGGGAGAUUGAACGAGCAGAAAUGAGGGCACGCAUCGCCCUCCUCGAAGGCGAGCGGAGGUCCUUUGAAAAUAUCAAACUCGAUCUCAUGCGAAGAAUCAAAAUGCUUGAAUACGCUUUGCGCAUGGAACGGUCGAAACAACUCAACCAACCCUCUUCAUCCAAUGCAUCCAGCAAACUGUCAACGCUCCAGUCUUCCGGAGCUUCCUCGGGACAGAAGGAUGAGACCGGCAGUCAGAAAGGGGACAGUGGAGGGAGCUCACCCCGCAGUGAAGAUUCACCACUUCCGGAGAGUCGACUGCCCAAUGGCACUCAUGCUAAUGGUCCCGCAACGAGACCAAAUUCAUGGGGUCCCGCAAACUGGGCCAGCGUAACUAGCGGUGGUGCCCCUGCCCCCGCAACUUAUGGAAAGCCACCCGCGGGGAGGGAUCCUAAAAGUAGGGCAAGGAGCCGUGACUAUCUCAAACAGUGUCUGCAAGAGAUCUCUUACCUGACCUCCCCUCAAGCGAUGAACCCCCUGCCAAACCGACCUCUAUUGAACAGCUCGAACAUCCCAUCUAUGGCGAUACCCAACGUUCCUUCAUUCGAUUCGAUUCCUUUCAAUGGUCGACCGCGGAAAAUCAUGCCUGAGAGUGGAAAGGAGUUCCCUGUCCUGAAUGGAAUGAAUACAGUCGGACCUUCAUCAGGUCCCCCACCGAACGUUUCUCAAGUCUCCACCGCCGAACACAACGGCGUACCUCCUCAACAACCUUCGGCCCAUACACAGGAACCUGAACCACAACCGCAACAGCCUCCAGAAACUCAACCCGAGGCUUCCGAGAAGGAGGGUCAACCAUCGAGCCAUCACUUGACCGCCAUCUUCCAGCCAGGCGAAAAUUGGAAAGAUCAAUUGCGCAAAGCACACGAGGCUGCCCAACAGGCAGCGAGAGAUGGCCAAGAGCCCCUCCAAUCGGAUAACUGGAGAGGAGAAGAGUUGAAGGAGGAAGAGCAUGACAUAGAAUCGGAGGAGUCAGUCUCGUCUGAGGGCGGAAACACUAAAACUUGGAAGGCGAAGCGAACGUUGAGAAAUCACCUUGAUGCCGUUCGUGCCAUCGCAUUCCAUCCGAACGAACUAUGCCUCGCUACAGGGGGAGAUGACUAUACAGUCAAGAUUUGGCGGAUGGAAGUUUCUGUUCUAGCCUCGUCCAAUACCCGACCAACGACCGAGGUGGAGCCCCAGCUCACCCUUCGAGGACACUCUUCCGCCAUCACCCGCCUGGUACACUCACCCGCCAAGGGACUGCUCUAUUCCGCCUCCUUGGACUGCUCAAUUCGAAUCUGGGCACUCCCUACAUCAUCGCACACGACUUAUGCUCCGUAUGACGAAACGCGAUCAAGAGGAGAGCUAAUCGGCCAUACUGAUGCUGUUUGGGAUCUUGCUCUCGUCCGGGACGAAGGCACCCUCAUCAGCUGUGGAGCGGAAGGCGCUGUCAAAGUGUGGGAUGUGAGCGGGCCGCUGGGCGGUGGUUCGUUGAAGCUGACAUGGGGAUACAAUGGUGUCAUUGAAAAUCCCGACGACUUGAACGAGGAUAUGACCGCGCCUGGAGCUACGGCUGUGGAGGCGAUCAAGACUGACCUCAAGAAGGUUGCAGUUGCAUAUCAAAAUGCCGUCGUCAAGAUUUUCGAUAUUGAGACUGGAAAAGAAGUUUCCAAGUUGAGCACCGACAUAAGUUAUGGUGGGUGUCUCGAGCUUCGCUAUUACACUGAACACGUGGCUGAACCAUUGCUUUUAGACGGUACCCCCGCUACCCAAAUCAACUGUCUAACAUCACAUCCUACAAUGCCGCUAUUGGUUACCGGGCACGAGGACAGAUACAUUAGAAUCUUCGACCUUGCAACAGGACAAUGCACGCAUUCAAUGCUUGCACACCUCGAUGGUGUGACAUCGCUAUCGAUCGAUGCGGCAGGUUUCUCCCUGGUCUCUGGAAGUCAUGAUUGCUCUGUGCGUUUCUGGGAUCUCUUGGGUGGGCGUACAUGCGUUCAAGAAAUCUCAGCGCAUCGGGAGAAGGCUCGAGAAGGUGUUUUGGAUGUUGACUUCCAUCCUUCGUUGCCAUUCAUGGCGAGCGCUGGUGCAGAUGGUGUGGUCAAGCUCUACGCUUCAUCAUAA